AUGGACGCAUCCAACCCAGCCUGCGAGCACUGCAUCCAGGGCACCAUCCACACAGGUCAGCCCACCGGCAGCGAAGCCAGCCUCCACGACCUAAACGUCUACAUCGCAAACCCACCGAGCGGCACGACGCCCAAGGCCAUCAUCGUAAUAUACACCGACGUCUUUGGGCUGCCCCUGCCAAACAACAAGCUGAUCGCAGACGCGUACGCACGAGCAGGCUACCAGGUCUACAUGCCCGAUUUCUUCAAGGGCGACCCGGUGGCACUCGACAUAGCAGACGUGCUGCUGCCCGUGGACGCCGGGGCGCAGUGUGCGCUGCGCAAGUACACGGGGAUGCUGGCCAAGGGGCCGAGUUUCGUCAUGUGGAUGACGCGGCAUGGCGAGAAGAAGACGAACGAGGUGUGUAUGGCGUGGCUGCGGAAGCUGCGGGCGGCGACGCCUGCGAGCACGAAGAUUGGCAUGGUCGGGUUCUGCUGGGGCGGCAAGUAUGCGAUUCGGGCUGGGCUGGCGGCGAAUCGGGUGGCUGUUGAUGGGAGGGGAGAGGUGCCGCUUGUGGAUGCGGUGGUGGCGCUGCAUCCGUCGCAUCUGGCUGUGCCGGGGGAUGUUGAGGGGUUGGUUGUGCCUGUGAGCUAUGGGUGGGGCUUGAAGGAUGAGGGUGUGAGUAUUGCGACGAAGGGCAAGGUAGAGGAUGUGCAUGCGGGGUUGAGAGCAAAGGGUAGUAAGGUGCCCGAGAUGGAGCAUCGUGUCUAUGAGCCGGGACGGCAUGGCUUCGCUGUCAGGGGAAAUCCGGAUGAUCCACAGGAGAGGAAGGCGUUGGAGGAUUCAGAGAAGCAGGCUCUGGAGUGGAUGGAUAAGCAUCUUUGA